UGGUGCAAAUAGUUCUAUAUAUUUUUGAAUAAUAAUAGUAUACCUAAUAAAUCAAUAUGGUGAUAACUAAAGAUGUAACUCUACCAGAUUGUGAAUCAUUAACCGUGCAAGAAAUCAACCUGUCCACCCCGACACUGAUGUCCGCUGCCCCUUACAUCGGGAAACUAUGUGAAAAUGUCAACAACGAAUUCAUGCUUUGUCGGCAAGAAACCCAGGACCCUCGCGCUUGUGUGGAUCUCGGAAAACGUGUAACAUUUUGCGCUCUAAAAGUUUUCCGUUCGAUUAAAGCUGAAUGCCGCAAUGAAUUCAACCAAUACGCUGAAUGCAUCAAUAAGAGCUCGGGAGAUAACAGUUUUGAGCACUGUCGAAAGACGCAAGCUGUGUUCGAUAAGUGCAUGAAAGAUAAACUGUGUGCUGAGCGGCCGGACUUCGGAUACUUUUGCCGAGGGCGCGUACACAAGAGUCGCAGUGAACCACAGCCCGGGCCUCCUUGCCCGUGCGUACCCAAGUUUAAAGAUCCGACUCCUUCAUUGCCGGACUGCGACAAUCGUAAACCGGCCCGAUUUGGUAGUCGGUUUUUUUGGAUGACAGAAUAGUUAAAACCUACAACAACGUAGCUCCGCACUCC